AUGCACGUAUUCGAAUCUCUCUUCGCGGCCGUGGUCUGUUUAGCCCAUAUUGGAUUCACAAAUGCAUUGGCCUUCACUGAGUGGCCGAGCACGAUCUAUGCUGGUGAACCUAAUACCGUGAACUGGAUCGGGGACCCCGACGUUCCAGCUACCAUCACCUUGCGCAGGGGCGCAUCCACCAAUCUCGACGACGUGGAGGUCCUAACCGAUCAAGCUCGUGGAAACACCUACACCUGGACAGCCAGAGAGGACCUAGAAGAUGGCUCGGAUUACGCUCUGCAAAUCAGACAAAACGGCGAAGUCAACUAUUCAGGACUUCUAGCUGUCGCUCAUCAUCCGGGCCACCAAGCCCCCUCAUCAAAAGGACCACCUCCUGAUCGGAACCCUGACUCCCCGAACUUCGAUACGGCUCCCCAUGCGUCAGAUGCGGGCGUAGCGAAGGGCAACAAUGCGGCAGCUACCCCUUCGAACAAAACUGAAGAUGAGGUUCAAAGUACUGGUAAUAACCUCACUUCUAGUAAGAGUGCCGUGGCUGCUAAGAUGCAGACAGGCGAUGCGUCCCGAAACUUGUCGCCUGACUUGAUCCUGGCCGCCAUUGCUAUCUUAUACCUCAACCUUUAG